GGGAGACUAGUGCAAAACCAGACUAGACCGACAAACAUGGCAAAAAGUGUCGAGUCUCCGACAUUCUCAUCCACAUUUGCACAGCGACGUGUAGGAGCAUAUAGUAAGAUGCCACCACGGAUACCUUCGCCGCUGAUGGCCCAGUGCUGUAAGGCGCCGCUAAAGCCUUAUAGCAGUCCCUCGAUCGUCCAUCUAUUCGCCGCUCUAUCAGUGCGAGGCACACCGUCAUCGCAGAUUCGUCCCGCAUCCAUCCUCGCAAACCUCUCCGAUAACCCGGGUGCCUACCAAAAACGCAUUCGUGUCGGUCGAGGUCCUUCUUCAGGCAAGGGAAAGACGUCUGGUCGAGGUCAUAAGGGUCAGAAGCAGCAUGGAAAGGUCAAUCCGUGGUUCCAGGGUGGUCAGACGCCUCUGAUCUUUCAGAAGGGCCGCUUAGGCUUUGACAACCUGUUUGCCCCCGUCAUGUCUGAAGUCAACCUCGACAAAUUACAGGAAUGGAUCGACUCUGGACGCCUCGAUCCGACGAAGCCCAUCACCCCCAAAGAGCUGAUAGAAUCCAAUCUUGUCGGUACGAUAAAAGACGGUAUUAAACUGUUAGCACGCGGCGCUGGCGCUCUAAAGCAGCCUAUCGAUAUAAUGGUGUCUCGGGCCUCGGCAGCGGCCAUCGAUGCCGUAGAGCAUGCUGGCGGCAAGAUUGUGACGCGAUAUUACACAAAACAGGCCAUUAAGCGACUGGUAGAAGGAAAGAGCAUAAACACUGGUCUUCCGCUACCCACAGGCGCUGAGCACGUCGAACCUGUACUCGAGGAGGUAAGGGAGAAGGGUUUCUUCUACAGAUUACCAGACCCGACGUCUCGUUGGGACAUAGAAUAUUACCGUGACCCAGCUCACCGAGGCUACCUCAGCCAUACCUUGCAACCUGGCGAGUCACCCAGCUUGUAUUUCAAGGUACCACCCGCGCAGAUCGCCAAAGACCUACAGAAGAACAAGAAGAAGGUCAAGCAGGAGGAUGUCAAACUCUGGGAGAAGCUAUAACCGCUCUCCACCAUUGUAUAUACUUGGUAUCAAGAAUGCCAAGACUCGCAAUGCUCACGAAGAAGAGUAAAUCUCAUGUGUAUAUUCGCAAUGUAAAUUAACUUAGCGUGUGACUGUGUAUGAAUGUAGGCUUGCCGUAUUUACUCAGGUUAAAUUCACAACGUGCCGUUCGAUGUAUAGCGUAGGGCCUUGGCACCUAAUAGAAGACCAUUUCCCCAACAAAUUCUGCCUUUUUAAGGGAAAAGUUAUGUUACACAAUAACGGCGCGUUGUAUUCAUAAUCUCAGUAAACACGGUAGGUAGCUCUUCCUGACCGUGCAAGAGGUGUAGUGCCCAAUGCUAUGGUAGGCAUGUAGCAGUUAGAAGUACUGAUAUUUUUGCUAUACGUAUAGCU